ACAGCAACAAGCCCAAACUGAAGGUGUCGAGGAAGAAGAAGCAGACACGAAACUCGGCCGUCACGGGCUCACUGAGUCGCCACCAUAUAAACCGAGUCGACUCCAUCCGAACCCAUCAUCAAACCACCUCGCUCCUCCUUCCCACGCACAGAGAGAGAGAGAGAGAGAGAGAGGAAUCGUCUAGAGAGAGAAACAUGGCCACGACUUCUCGCCGGGCGAUGCCCCUCCUGCCGGCGGCGGCGGCGGCGGCGCUGCUGCUGCUUCUGGCCGCCGCCCUCGCGGGGGCGCAGACGCCGGCGCAGACCUGCGUGUCGAAGCUCACCGACUGCGCCGCCUAUCUGAACACGACGACGACCCCGCCGGACACGUGCUGCACCCCGCUCAAGGAGGUGGUGAACACCCAACUGACCUGCCUCUGCAACGUCCUCAAGUCGCCGGGCCUGCUCAUCUCCAUGGGGAUCGACGUCCAGAAGGCCUUCCAGCUCACGAGGAGGUGCGGCGUCUCCAGAGACACCAGCAAAUGCAACGGGACCGCCACGCCUCCAUCGUCGUCGACGACGGCGCCGCCGCCACCGACAGCUGGAGGCGACAGCGACGCCGGCAGGAUAGCUUGGAGCGGAAUCUUGAGCUUAUUCCUGAUUCUGGCAUCGACGAUGUUUUAUUGAGGUCCACGGAUCACGUUGCAUACAUCUGAUUGACGAGGAGAUACUUCACACGGAUUGUUAUGAUUCAUUAGAGGGGGUGAAUCUCGGCUUUUGGAGAUCUUGGUCAUUUCAGUUGCUUUCGGCUUUCUUGAUGUGUGCAUGGUGAAUUCGAUUUCUUUGCGGGGAGGCUCUAGCUAGCUAAUUUACUAUAAUUAUACCGCGAUUAUUGUGUACUCGACUUAUCCGGAUCUCGACCUCGAGACACUCUAUGGAGGUCAUUUCUCAGGUACAUCAUUAUUAAAUUGUUUAACACUAGUCUUACAUUAGUCACUCACGCCAUAUUUUAUCU